UCUGGUGGGGUGAGGGAGCACGGUACGAUAUCUUUUCUCCGCCGGCGGAGUUGCGAAUUGUCGGACCUACCUACUUACCCCAUGUGGCAUCUUAUAAUUCUUAUUCUUCUUGCGCUUCUCUCAUAACCUCUCUCGACCACCAAGGUGAAACAUCGUCUGCAAGUUACCUCUUAAAUGUGCCCUGUCUCAAGACGUGUAUGACGGACAAACCUGACUUUCAUCUUGGAUUUUCUAUUGAUCCCUUUCUUAGAAAUAGCCAGACUGCGAAAUGAGUGCGGUUUUAAUGACUUAACUAAGCGUACUUUGUGCAUUAAAUUGAAAAUUCAAUAGAAAUGUAAUUUUAAAAAAUAUGUUUUAAAAGAUGAACGUUAUUACCUGACGUGAUUUUGCAGCUGUCUGGGGAUAAUAUAAUUUGAAAGUACUUUUAUUUAAAACGGAGUUCAAUUAACGGCUGCCGGCCACCCGGGAAUCUUCGUUAUGCGCUAGUUAAUUAGUACUUGUCAAACCAGGGAAGAAGAAGAAGAAGAGAGAAUUAAAUAUAUAACAGAUACUACAAAAAAUUCUAAAAAGGAAAUAAACACAGAGAAAAUGGAACAUAACGCGCCCCACCAGUCUCCAGACAGUCUCCCCUGGAGGAGAGACUUCAUUAGGACCUCAAAAGAGCGUCUCAAAUCCGGUGACUCCGCUGGUGGCGUUCAGGAUAGGCAUCAGCAUCAUCAUCAACAACAACCAGUUUCACAAGCGAAACCAGGAGAUAUUACAACAGCCUUCCGAUACUCCAGCUCCAGCUACCAGUGGUUUUUCUUGCUGGUCACCCUCAUUCUCCUGACUCGGCCGUUCCUACCUGCUGCCGAUAAAGACGGAGAGAUCACCUGUGAGUGUACGACGCUGGCUUGUAGGAAGAGCGGAGAACUCACUUGCACGACGAGGAACAGCUGUUAUUCGCAGCUACUGAAGCUCAGAGAUGGUUUUUCCCCAAUCACGAGAGGGUGCAUCUCGGAGAAUGGCUCGGGAUUACUCUGCGUCAAUCCAAUUCCGUUCUCCAUACGUCUCGUCUGUUGCAAAGAGAGCAUGUGCAACAGAGAUGUUACCCCUGCAUCUACAACCGCACAGUACAUACCAGACGAGGACAACGACGAGACGGAACCACUCGAAAGGCUAGAAGAAUCCGCAAUGGAGGAAUUACGUCAAAAGUAUGACAUCAGCUUCUCCGAAAACAGCGGCUGUUACUUCGAGACGAUCUACCUGGCUGUGAUCGUCGUCGGGAUACUGAUCAUGAUUAUCAUCACGGCGACUGGCUUUUGUCUUCUACGGAACUACAGGACAUCCUACGCUCCGGCACCGCAAGAUCCUUCGGGACAGAGAAAGAUGAGGGGUUUUAGGAAAAUGUUGCCGGAGAUAGUCACGGCUCACUCGAGACUGGAAAAUCACAAGCACAUAUUUGUGUAGUGGUCUGAGUUUGUGUUAACUGACAUUAUAGGACUUGACGUCAGCAUAUGAGCUGUGUUUGUGUUUACUGACUCUGGAACUUUACGUCAGUAAACUGUGUUUGUGUUUAACCAACUCUGUAACUGUGUGUCACGUUCCUAGCUGUUUGUUUCUGCAAACGCAUAACGAAGUCAUCGCUCCUAUUUCCAAAUUCAAUACUACCACCUUUGUAAAAACAGUGAUUACAUUUAGUAUUCAUUUCCACCUGGAAAAUAAAACGGAACGAAUACAUUUGCUAUAUUAUCUGUAAGAUAUAUUUAUGCAUAGAUGAUGAUCAUUUAGCAGUCGAAGAAGUGUGCAUGCCCAUUUUCGAUAGUGAAAUGAUAUAUCAAGUGAUGUUUUAAUAAAAAGCUACAGAAUAA